GCCAAGUCUAGCUCUAUAGAGCGGUUAUGGCAGCGUUCAUGUGCUGAAAACGUGCGAAGUUUGGUCUGUGUUCUCCCUAAAGUUUAGUUGCCAUAGCUGUAUUCGUUAUUGCUGAACAUGUGCACGAAAUUGAAACGUUAGCCGGAAUCAGUAACAUGUCGUCUCAAGCUUGGAGGUUAGGUGGUGUACUUGUGUGACUGCGGCGAGAAGCCCUUGGUCCGACAAAGGGUCGACGUUCACGCGCCGGCAGCGGUUUGACAACCCGGGCGUUGCACAAAAAGAGGUGCCAUCACGCUGUGCCUGGUGCCGGUCUCCAGAUAUUGUGAACAAGAUCCCUGUGGCCAGGGUUUCAUGGGGCGACAGAGCUGGGGUCCCGUGACGCGGAUGAGCUUGGCUCUCGGUCACCGCCUGGAGUGUCGCCCCCUGGCGUCGGAGGUGCUCAGUUGCCAUCUGCGCCAGCGAGGCCUUCCCCCAUGGACGUCGUUUCUGGUGCGUUACGCAGCGGUGCGCAACGACCAUUUCGGUUGGUCGCACUUCAACUGGCCCCUGGACGGAGCAAACUACCAUGUGCUGCGGACUGGGUGCUACCCGUUCAUCAAGUACCACUGCUCCCAGAGGGCGCCGCAAGACCUUACUGUGGAGGACACGUUUUUCCGCGUAAUCAAGCUGCUCAAUUUGGGCAUACCUACGCUGGCGUACGGCCUGGGCUCCCUGCUCAUGAUUCGGCACCGGGAGGUGGUGCAGACUUCCCGCGGACCCGUCACCGUCUACUUCCUCUACCCAGAGGAACCCGGCGCGCAGUACUAAGCUCUUCAGGACGCGGACACGCCUAAUGCUGUCUAAUGUUGAUGAUUCCGAGGAAUAAAGAAAGACA